GGCCAAUCACCGAUGGUAUCCGUGAGUCUGAAAGUCACUCUGUUCACCGCCGGAUCUUGUAUUUUCACCUUAAAUUUAGCUGUCGUUUUGUACUAUAUUCUAUUGUUAACUAACUGGUAAAGACUUUCUUACGUAUGUAGGAUUCGUUUUUCAGUUUAUAUUAAAAAGAGCUGAGCGGCUAUCGCUUGUGCUCUGUUGCUUUUGACGGUCAACGUGUGUGGAAAUCUGGGAGGUGGAAAAGCCUUCAGUUCAUUGCAUCAUGUACAAGAAAAUCGCGUUUAUUCUGGACAUUUAGAGUCCUGUCCAGAAGAAUAACACAUCUGCUACAUUUGGUUUGGAGUGACAGCCAUUCCUCUGGGAAAGACUGAUUUACAGUCAUCAUGUUGAGACACAUAGCGAGAAGACUUGGCAGCCUCCACGGACAAAUACAGUUUUCUAAUGGACUGAAAGGAGUCAGUCCUAACCAGCUGCUCUCUAAAGAGACCCACAGACACCUGCAGUCCUCACUCGAGACCAUCAGUCCUAUCUCGAUGAUGUCGCUGUGGCCGUUCUCAUCUCAGCCACGGGAUUUCAGCCAGCCCAACUCAUCAUGGAGUCCAGAGAUGCGCAAGGUUUACGACCACUAUAUUGCACUGUGUGACACUGACUCCGAAAAUGGUGAGAAGCAAAGGGGGCCUUGGAGGAAGUUGCCCAGCUACAACCGUUCUAUUAAAUAUGCUACUGCCGGCAUACACCUCAGCAAACUGAUCCAGGCCAAAGCUCGACUUUUCACAAGAAAUGUUAAAGAGCAAGGCGCAACGUUUGAGUAUGUGGUGUUUGUCAAUAAGGAAGAGAAGAGAUGCGUUUGUGUGUUUCAGGCAGGACAUUUACUAGAAGGUGCACCUGGGCAUGUACAUGGUGGAGCCAUAGCCACCAUUAUUGACACAGUGACGGGUUCGCUUGCCGGUUUCCUCUCAGGACCCAUUAUGACUGCCAAUCUCAACAUCGACUACCGCAGUCCAAUGCCUCUGGGUAGUGUGGUUUUAAUCCACAGUGCUCUGGAUCGAAUAGAGAGGAAGAAAACAUACAUCACUUGCAAAGUGACCAGCACUGAUGAGUCCAAACUCUACACUGAAGCCACAGAUCAUCAGUGAGCGUUUGAACCUUCUGUAAUAGUUGCAUAUGAGUCCCACAGUUGACCUCAGUGUGAAAAGAUGGACCUCAAAAAUUCACAAAAAUGCUGAAAAACCAAAGAAUUUGUGGGACCUGAAGGGUUUUUCUAAAGAACAGCAGGCAGUUUAACUGUUCAGGACAAACAAGGGACUCAUGAACAACUAUCACUAAACAAAAGCACAGCUGUGGAUCAUUCAGCUCUAUUUGUUUCAAUAGGUGUGGGCCAUUUAUUUGGAUCACGAAACUGAAGGUAGCUCGGGAUCCACCACUGAGACCUCUACAGUAUGUGUAUGCAUAUCUGUACACGUGUGAGUGAGAUUGCAAGUGGGUGUCUAAGGUGGAGUGUGUGCGCAAUGAACGACAGAUCAAGCUAAAGUUUUACCUCAGCUCUCUGAAUGAGCUAUUCAGAAAUGUAUUAAUUUUAGUGAUGCACUCAGUUAUAUAUGGCUGCCUCAUAUUUUUAUUCUAAAAAUGAAAAUGUAUUAACCCGGUAUAUUUAUUGAUACAGUAUUUAAUUUUUUGUUGCAGAACAGAGAGAACAAUUUUGUUACUAACUCUUUUUAAUCUUUAUGGUAAUGUUUGAAAAUAAAAACAUUAAACAUAUUGUGUUAUUGAAAAUUUGACAAUAAUUAAAUAAUCUAACUGUUAUUGCUAGGGAAUAAAGUGUAUUUAUAACUGCGUUCAUUUAUAGCAUUAAAGCCAGUAGUCAAAAAUUCUAUGGUUGUGCUUUGAAAUAUACUUUUGUUAUUAUUCUGAAAAUUAACAAAAUUGAAACAACCUUUCAUGUCUCUGCUGUUGCAUGAAUUAGUAUUUCUCUGUUGAUAUUAUCCUCUGUUUAUGUUGUUCGUAUUUUUUAGUAUUUUAUUUUUCAGCAGAAUAUUAAUAAUACAGCUAUUACAAGUGUG